CUUCGGUUGUUCGGUUUACUGCUACACGGCAGUAGGGAACGAAAAUUUCGAUGUUUAUUCAUAUUUUCCUGUAGAAAAAGUGCUUGUUUCGGUUCGAAAUUAUUGCUAAAGUGAAAACGGUGUUUUGUGCAAUGUCAGUGAUAUAAAAUUCGCAGCGAAAUGUUACCGAAAGCAGGAAAAUUCGAACGAUAAAUUAUUCGUGAAAAUUUCAGAACAGUUUUUUUCCCUGCAUUCACACACAUUACAGACAAGGCCAACGCAUUCGAACACAAAGAGGGUGCAUACAAGAAAAAGAAGCAGUGGAUUGAAUAUUUUGAUCGAGAACACGAUACUGGUCUGGACAAUAGCCUACUUUAUUAUUUGUUGUGGUAACAUCAGCUGCAACAGUAGUAGGCGCUAACGAAAUAAUAACUAGUUGUACAGCGAGGUGAACAUCGCAGGUGCAGCGGAAACAGGAGCUGCUUAGCUCGAAGUGUACAGCGUAGAAACGACCGUCAGGUUCCUAGCGGGGACACCUUUCUGCCUGCCACUCGGAGCUCGAAUCAACUCAGCAUGGAUACCGCAACGGGAUCCGGCCUGAUGGAGGAGUACGAUCUGAUGAAGCAGUCCAAAUAUCGGGUGUAUAUGUCCAAUAUCGACAAGGCACUGAAGAACUUCGAGUACUCGAGCGAAUGGGCCGAUCUGAUUUCGGCGCUCGGCAAGCUGAACAAAGUCAUUUCCUCGAACUCACAGUAUCAGAUCAUACCGAGGCGAAUCAAAAUCUCCAAACGGUUGGCGCAGUGCAUGCAUCCGGCUCUGCCUUCGGGGGUGCACCUGAAGGCACUGGAAUCGUACGAUGUGAUAUUUAGUAACAUCGGAGUGGAUCGGUUGGCGUCGGAACUGUUCAUCUACAGUGCCGGUUUGUUUCCGCUGCUCGGUUAUUCGGCUAUGAACGUUCGGCCGACGCUGUUGUCGAUCUAUGAGAAGUACUUUGUUCCUUUGGGUGAAAAGCUGCGGCCUGCGCUGAGUGGGUUUCUCAGCGGGGUUUUUCCCGGUCUUGAAUCGGGUCAGGAUCAUUUUGAGCGAACAAGUUCGCUGCUGGAUAAGGUUUGUGCGGCUGUUAAGCCGGAGUGUUUUUAUACCUGUCUGUGGGAGUGUAUCGUGACGAAUGCGUCUGUGCGGUUACCGGCGAUUUCCUACGUGCUGGAACAUUUCGAUAAGAAGCGACCCUGUGCCGAACAGCGAGAACUGAUGGGUAGUAGUGUUGAACUGCUCGUGACCGGACUGUGUAGCUGUUUGAACGAUUCGGUUAUUCUAGUGCAGCGGAAUACGCUGGAGUUUCUGCUGCUGGCGUUUCCUCUGCAUGCUAUCAUUCUGGGUCAGAGGGAUGUUAUCAAACUGGUCAAAACGGCUCUGAACACGAUCCUAAGGCGGGAUAUGUCACUGAACCGGCGGCUGUAUUCCUGGCUGCUGGGUGCCGAUACGUGUCUCGCUAAACAUGUUGAGGAUAUCGGGCAUGACGGAGAAACCUCCGAUCCGAAUACUUAUUUUGAGACGCACUCAAAAGCGGUCCUGAUAAGUGCGUUUAAACUGAUUCUCAAAGCCAGUAUUGCCUCCAGUCCAAUCGAUCUAAGUCCGUACCGAAUACUGAUUUCCCUUCUGGAUAAGGCAGAAAUAGGUCAGAGAAUAUUGGACGACGUUCUGUGUGACAUAAUCCGCACCAUAUCGCUGUGCAACGGAAACCAUGAGGUGCAGAAAUCGGCCAACCUUCUGUUUUCCACCUUCGACCCGUCCUACAUAUGGAACUAUAUGACCAGCCUCUAUCGGGACGGUGCCGUUAAGAAGCAUCAACAGAAACGACCAUCCAGCAGUGGCAAUGUGAACAGCAUCAACAUGCGAGAACAAAUCCGAAUAGAUUCGGGCCCUCCGGGCACGAUCGAGGUGUGCUAUCUAACGGAGUUCCUACUGGAAACCCUCUCACUCGAAAUGUACAAUGAAACCACGCGGGUGUAUCUGCCGAAGUUUCUCCUGUCGCUCAUACGAAUGCUGACGGUUUAUUCGGAAAACAUGAACUCAACCGAGGUGGCGGCAUCCCUCAAGCUAUGUGUCAAAAUUGUCGCCAAAGUGCAGCCUAUGAUUAUGUCCGAGAAGGUGCUGGAUCUGUCGAUAAGCACCCGCAGCGAGAGCAGUAGCGUCACCCCAGAAGGUCAGGAGGCGAAGGAAACCGUUUCGCUAGAGAAGAGCAAUUCGGAUUCGAAAAUUCACGAAAGUUCCCUGCAGGUCACUUCCCCGGAUGGGUCCUUCACGCGGUCCAGCUCCAGUCAGGGCCUCCACAAGAAAGGAAAAUACAGUAAAAAGUCAAAGAAAUCUAAGUCCUAUACGAAAUUGAGUGAACUGGAUUCGGUGGUUGUCGGUUCUAGUAAGAGAAGUCCGAAGCGGGUGGCGGCGCUCGCCAAUGGGGAACGGAUUGUGGCGGCCAGUUCGACGCCGAAUUUGAAGAAUGAAGAUAGUGGAGGAACGGCAACCGGUGGGGAGUCCAGUCAGGAGGAACGGCACAGUGUGAGCAGUGCUGGGGAGGAUGGACAGUCGGAUAUUGUGCUGAAAGUGCCGCCGAAGGUGGUGGCACCUGCGGUGCCGACACCGGCACAGAUGCCGGACUGUCCCAUCCUGGAGAAGUGUAUCAAACAGUACGUGCUGUUCUAUGAGUUGUACGUUUGUCGGCAGAUUUUCGAUGGGGUGUCGUCCGGUUCGGAAGUUAAUUCGGGUUCGUCGUCGGAGCAGGUUAGUUUGCAGGAUAAUUUGUUCCUCAACUGUGGGGAUGGCAAGAGUUUGCUGACGGAGGAUGUGUUUGUUAUAAAUUCUUUACUGCCGGAGCUGGAGGAGGCGUUCAGUGCGCUGCUGGUGAACAGUGUUUCCGAUAGUCGGAAGUUGAAGGCAAUCCUGGCGAAAUCGAUGGAUUGUCGACGGGAAUCGGCGGAUUGUGAGCAGUGGACUAGUGGGGGUGGUGGCGAGUGUGGGUCUGAACGGGAUUGUUUCGAGAUUGAUGGACUGCUGGAGGGCAAUGAGAAGCUGAAGCGGUUGCUUUCGGUGCGUGUUUCGGAGUCACUGCGAAGUGCGUUGAAGCUGGCGUGUAAUGUUCUGACGGAAAUGUCUUCGUUUCCCAGCUACGGAAGUGAUUGUGGUCUGACCGAACGAUGUCACGAUGUUCCUGGCUGGUUGAAGGCUUUAACUAUCUUGGCUUCGUUUAUCGGGGACUUGGACACGCAGCUGUCUGCUGCGCAGACACUCAUCGACAUGGUCAGUUUGCUGCGAACGAAUGGACGGAAGCCAAAGUCCAGCAGUUCGGGAACCACUUUCGUUAUGAUGAUGCCCCUGCUUAAGCUAUCUCACGUCGUUUUUCUGGAACGAAAAACCAAAGUGUUUCAAGUUCUGACAACCAUGCUGUGGAACCACCUGGACGCGAAUCGUUCCGAAGCUAGAAACAUUAGCGUUCUACUCUACCGCGUCCACAGCUGUUUGGACACAAGAUUCACGGAAAAUGUGAUCAUCAGCCGAAUAUUGGUGCCACAGCGGGAUCAAGCCAUUCAUGACGGUCGCAAUCUGCACAUGUACUGGUCCAUUCCGGCACUUUCCAGCACAGAACUGCAGAUAGAUCCGGCUGGCUUUCGCCGGUUUCAGCUGCUUUGGAAGCUCGGUCGGGACACGCAUCACGGGAAAGAGUUCGAAAAGCUGCUGUUUCUGGUGCUGGAUAUGCUGACGCUACCGGACAACCUAUCGAUUCAGAUUUUCGUCUCCAAAUGGCUGCAGGAAGCGCUGGUCCGCGGCGAUGUGGGACGUAUUUUGAAACCUCUGAUGAAAAUCCUGCUGAACGAGAGCACCAAACGGAUGAGCAUCGUCUAUACCAAGCGCUACAGACAGGAUCCGGACACGGGCAGUGAGUGGGAGAAAGAUCUGACGGCGGAUGGAGAUCCGUUCCUGGAUAAGGAAUGCUUUGCCGUUAGCUCCGAGGAUGGCUGCAUUCGCUAUCACAUGGAUAAUGUGCUGAGUAAGAAGCGAAGUCCCAUCCGGACGAUUCAGAAAAAGAUUUUUGGAGUUUCGAUCGGCUCGAAUAAAUCCAGCAGCCAGCAGGUAUCGAACUAUAUCACGAACGACAGCUCAAAGGAGGUGGCUGCUGGUGCUGGAGCAGCCGCAGUAGAUGGGGAAGACUAUUCGAAGAUUUCAGUCAUAAUCAACCCACUGGAGAAGGAGUUGAAUGGGAAAAGCUCACCGGGUGCAAUGAGAAAUCGGUCAAAUUCGACGGGUUUGAUCGAUUGUGAGCAGAGUGCGUCAGCACUGGAAACUUCCCUACCCAACGGAUACGAUAAGAAAGAAUUUCAUCGGUCCACUUCGGAUAUCGACGAAGCCAGCGACGGAGAUUUCGAACGAAAGAAAGGUCGACUGAGCGGAGGAAGCUACAGUCGUUCCACGACUGGCACAGGUUUUUACGAUUCGGAAACUAUCAAGCGGUACACCGAGGAUGGACCGAUCGUUGAUUUCGUUAGCAAAUCCGGGGAUCGCUUUAAGAAUCGAAAAACCUACCUAAUCUCCACCGGAGGUGCCGGCAUGGUGGACGAUGAAGGUUUCGUGUCUUCAAUGUCGGAUAGAAAUCUCAACUAUUCGCUCAUUUCGAGCUCGUCAACGGCGACGGUGACUGGAAACGAUGCUGGCAUCAUUUUUGGACUUGGUUCCGAUGAACCAGCACCAGCUGCGAGUUCGGAAACACCAACCAGUGGAAGUGCCUUCGGAGGCGGAUCGCAGCGAAGCAGCAGCACCAGUAAAGAUAGCGGAAAAAGCAAAGAAACGGAACCGUUCAGCUUUGGCCGAAGGAAGAGUUGGAGAAGUUCCUCGAAACUGUACCCGUUCCAUUCUCAUUUCCUAAUUUACGAAUCUGUUUUCAAUACCAAGCAGAUUCUGUACACGUUGGAAACGCUGAAGAACAUCCUCGCCAACGACGGACGGUUCUUCCUGUGCCUUUCGGUGACCACAUCGGUGUCGAGCAGCCAGAUCCGCUCUCUGCUGAUUCGCCAUCGGCGAAACAUCUUCGGCAAAGCCUUCUCCGACGGGCAGGACGAAUCCGAAUACCAAAGCCUCUACCGAGGCUGCAUGUAUCUGGAAGUUAUCGUCACAAUCCUGCUCUACUACACCCGUAGUUUCUACCAGAAGGAUGAAGACCAAAAGACGCAACCCUCGCGGGAUGACAUAAACGGCAAUUCCAAGAUCCAGCUGGAGUGCAUCAAACUGAUGACGAAAAUCUUCUCCGAACUGUUGUCCACCGUGAAGGACGUCGGCAAAAAUCUGGCCAACUACAUUGCCGACCUGAUGGAAAAGUGUAAGGUACAAAAAAUCCUACUCUACUGUUUGACCUCGUCGGUUAACUACUUCACGACGCACCAGUCCUACACGUACACGGAUGAAAUUCUCGCCUUCAGCGAUCCGGAAAAUACUCGCCUCAACGCGGAAGCCUAUCAAAUCGAGCUGCUUAACUUGCUCCUUGCCGUCGUUAAGCUGGAACACGAAAUCAUGAUCCAACGGAACGAUGAACGCUUCAACGAAGGCAUCAAAAACGUCCUUUCGAGCAACUCACCGACGCGUCCCGCGCCGGAAAACAAACGCAUCUACAAGUACAUUCCCAACCAGCUCGUUAGCCAACAGCCAAUGUUCCUUUCGGCGGUACUGUCCGCGCUCCAGUCGGAGCGCCUAAAACACAUCCACAAAAACUGGACCGAUAUGAUCACCUCCUGUUUGACGUGCCUUCCGCUGAACAAUCUCACCAACAUCGUCAUCAGCAUAAUUCACCAACUGUGCGGCAAUCUGGACCGCCUAACGAAGCGCGACCGCAUCUUCAACCAGUGCACCGAUUACAUCGUAGCCCAGUUGGAAGCCAUCACAGUAUUAUCGCACUACUGUCUUCUGGACAGCUCGCAGCAAAUCUCGCUAGCGAACGUUUUCAGCGCGUCCAACAACACGGCAUCCCAAGCAACCAACUCCGGUCAAAUCAUCAACAGCAUAGUCAGCGUAUUUCGUGCGCCAUCCCUACUCAGCGGCAGCCAAGUAAAAAACAGCCACCAAGAGGUGGCCAAAAACGCCAUCCUUAGUCACCUUCCCCGGAUCAUCAUCACCAUCGCGACCCUGUGGGAAACCAGCAUCAGCGAGUUCCGCCACGUCAAGCACCAACUGCUAGAAUUUCUCAGCCCAAUCUCACUGCACUACGGCACCAACUUCCUAACCGCCAUCUCGGUUGCCUGGUACGAACGCAGCAGCGACUCGCCUUCAUCCAGCAGCAACACCCCAACGGAAACGGCCGCCGACGGCGGCUCAACCGAAGGUGACUUCUUCGACAUCAUGGCCAAAGCGCUCCCGCAAGCAUGCGACAAUCAGCUCCUUCUGGUGAAACUCAUAUCCGGCAUUCGAAUCAUGUCGGUUGACUCCUUCAUUCAAACCAUGCAUCAGGUGAUCAAAUCCCCUCCACAAAUCUACCAACCUCCGGUUGGUUUCAACAUGGCCGUCAGUGCACUGGAACUGCUUUUCUUCUACCUGAAAAGCGUAGCUCAAACGCAGUUCAGCGACUGUUGGAGCUCCCUGUACGCCCUGCUGAAAGAUUGCCUGAGCCUACAAAUUCCCGCCCAAUUUGUGGCACUCUCCAUCUUGAACGAAUUCGUUCAGCGCUGUCAAAAGAUGCCGUUCAGUGACAAGAAGGACCUGCGCGAUCUGCACGAUGUUACGUCCCGCCUGGUGGAAGCGAUUUCCAACGUGGCCGGUUCCUGUCUCGAGCAGACCACCUGGCUGCGGCGGAACCUGUCGGUGAAGGAGGAGUUUAGCUCGAUCGAGAGCACCAAGGACGGGCUGCUGAUGCCCUCGAAUCAGCACUACUCCAUACAGGCGCAAUCGAUUCUGGCAGCCAUCCUGGCCAUGCUCCUAGAUGUGGCAUUCAGCUCGCAGGAAAAAGACAAGGUGAACGCGAUCGUAACCGGCGUCAUGUACAACAUUGUGCCUUAUCUGAAAACCCACACCGUGAAGAAUAUUCCGACGUUCCACGCGUGCUCCAACUUGCUGGCAAGUUUAAGCACCUAUCAGUAUACUCGUAAGGCGUGGCGCAAAGACGCUCUCGAUCUGCUCCUGGAUGGGACCUUCUUUCAGUUUGACAGCCGAUGCUUGCCGUAUUGGAAAACUAUCCUCGAUAGUUUGAUGACCUGUGAUAAUACCACCUUUAGAGAUCUUAUGAAUCGCUUGCCACUAGCACAAACGGGAAGUUUAAAUAUUUUCACCUCCAAAGAGCAGGAAUAUGAGCAAAGGGCAUUGCUUCUAAAGCGCCUCGCGUUCGUUAUUUUUUGCAGUGAGUCUGACCAGUAUCAUAAAUUUAUGCCGGAAAUUCAAGAACAACUGGCGAACAGCUUGCGCUUGCCACAGGUUGUGCCACUGAUUCAAUCGGCUGUAUUCCUCUGCUUUCGGGUACUGUUGCUGCGAAUGUCGGCCGAUAAUGUGACCAGCCUGUGGCCGAUCAUUAUUGCCGAAAUGGUGCAGGUGUUCCUUUCCAUCGAGCAGGAACUUAUGACGGACACCGAAGAGUUUAGGUCCCAAUCGAGUCAGCACAUACGAAUGCUCUCGGGAUUGGAUACCGCUUGGGUGACGAAUACCAACAACGGACUGUACUCGUGUGGACAUCCCCACUGGCGGAUGGUUCAACUGGAGACGGCCAAACUACUCGAACUAGGUUGUGUUCUGCCCGCUACUGUAUUGCCACACUUUCAAAUGUACCGCUGGGCGUUUGUGAGUAGCCAAAACGAGAUGUUUCUGAAGCCGGGAAGCUGCGACGAUGCGCGCCGCGUAGCUUUCAUUCCUCACGUGACGCGAAUAUCGCAAUUGAUGGACUUUCGGUAUACUUCUCACUCACCGAAACCCCAAACCAACAAGGGCAGCCACAUCAUGCUGACCUGUCAGUCCAUCAACACGCUGCAGGAUCUGUACAGCUUCUUCUCGACGCUGUCGAUGCGGUGGCCGUCGCACAUUUCCUACACCGCCGACACCGAGAAGGAUACCCGCAGCUGCCUGGAGGAGAUCGAACAGGUGCUGGCGUUGGAUUUUCUCGAAAAGAUGCCCGCAACCAAGUAAAGUAAAGUAAAGUAAAACCGGUAAGACCAGUGAGCGAGCGGGACCUGCCGCUAAAAACGUACUGCUUGUAAAUAUUAGAUGUAUUAUUUUAACGGACAUUUAAUUCGGCUUGUGAUUAUUGUUAGUCUAUGUGUUAUUCUAAUUUUUUCGGUGUCGCUCUGAUUGUGUACAGGACUAAUUUAUCAGUGGUAAAUCUACUCGUUCGAGCAACAAAAAUACAAAUAAUAGUCGUAUUAUCGAGAAAAUGCAAUUCUCUUCCAAAGCGAAACGGCAGAAGUGAUAUGAAACAGGGGACAAACGGCACACAUCAUGACCUAACACAGAAGUGCAUGAAGGUAUUAUCAAAAAAACAAAACAAAAAAGUUUUAAGGACGCCAAGUAUUUGUAAAAAUGUUGAGAAGUUUAGGAAAGGCAAAACAGCAAGAGUGCUGCAUAUAAUAUUUAUGUCUUAACGAAAAAAAAGAAUCUAGUGAAUGUCAAAAUUAAGAAUUUUUUUUAUCCGCUAAUAAAAACAGUUACAAAGUUGUUUUAAAA